CCAGGAAUACAAUAUUAUGUUUUGUUGAAGUAACGCAGCAGCGGGCGGGGUAUAUAACACUGGUUGGCUCUGUUACUACUCACAACACUUGUGGCUCACAACACAACAAGCAUGAUGAUGAAGGGCAGUGUGGUGUUGCUCCUGGUGGUGCUGAGUUCCCUGGCGGCCGCCAGUCCUCAUGGCUCCUACGGUGGUCGACGCCGCCCUUAUGGUCAUUCCACCAGUGGCCUACAUGGUGGCCGUAGACCUGUGGCCACUCUUGUUCAUGGUGGUGUCUCCCAUGGCACAGGUCUCCUUGGUGGAGCCUCCCAUGGCACUGGUGUUCUUAACGGAGCCUCUCAUGGCACUGAUGUCCUUGGUGGAGUCUCCCAUGGCACUGGUGUCUUUGACGGAAGCUUCCAUGGCACUGGUGUCUUUGACGGAAGCUCCCAUGGCACUGGUGUCCUUGGUGGAACCUCCCAUGGUACUGGUGUCCUUGACGGAGCCUCUCAUGGCACUGAUGUCCUCGGUGGAGCCUCUCAUGGCACUGAUGUCCACGGUGGAGCCUCCCAUGGCACUGAUGUCCACGGUUCUGGAAUUCUUUUGAAAGUAGAUGUUCGUGGAGGGUCAACCACAACCAGCCACGACCCCGCCCACUACCCCAACAUCGUGCCGGGUUAUACGCUCUACGACACCAGACCUUCCUAUAACUCCGGCGACUGUCCCAGGUACUACUGUUACACCGAGAUCACCAGCAAGUACUACUGCUGCAGCAAGAGGACCCACGGCUAGAGCCUUACAAACACCUACACCUGAGACUUGAGGUGUACAACAACCCCUCCUUAUUAUAUAAUUAUUUCUGUAUGUGUGUUUUGUAUAAUAAAAUGUAUUAUAAAAUAAAACCCCUUAACGAUUAC